CUCGAGGAGUGCGCCCCGCCUUCGUGCUUGAGCUGGAGGCCUCUACCGCCUCCACACUUAAUUCCCAGCGCCCCAGGCCAGGGGAGUCACCGCCGGCAGGUGCAGCAGCACCUGGGGGUGCAGGGGCCCAGGGAGAGUCUGCGGGUGGCUGACCGGUGGUAGUGAGACACCGGGGUCCUCGGGUUCCUGACUUCUGCUUCUGACCUUAGUUUCCUUGUUUGUACGGCUUCCUAGGGUUGUUGCCCAGAGCAAAUGAACAAAUGCGUAUGUCGCUGGCAGCACACCGCAGACACUUGGGAAGGGGCAGGUUAUUUCCGCUUAGUGUCAACACCCCCUCAUGUGUUCAUGUAUUUGGUUGCUCGUGUCCCCCUCUACAAGGGAGGCCCCAGAAGACACGGGUCUGUCUUAGUCCACGCUGUUCAUGCUGCCUCGCCGGGCAGCUUUCUCCACACCGGAGACUCACGUUACAAAUGCACAGCUGCCACCACCGGCCCGUCGCAGGCUCGGAAUGCAGCUCUGCGCCUUUAAAUUCGGAGUGCGUCAACGAGUCCCGCCCCCGAGGGAGCGCACCGGUAGGAGAGGGGGCGUAGCUUGUCUGUCAUUGGCUGAGCCGAACAGUAUUUUGGAACGUGUGGGCUGGAGUUGAGCGCUCCCAUUGGAGCUAGGGCCUUCCUGUCUGCUUUCCUACGGGGUCAGUGGCCGCCCCCCGGACCGUGGGCGUUCGGUUCCCGGGUCCUUCGCGUUCCAUUCUCUAGCAGUCCUGGCUUGGGGACUGGGUGGACCUGCUGCGUCCUCCACUCGGUGCGCAGACUUCACGACGCAGGCAAACCAUGGCAGAUUUCUCCCAGAAGCGGGGGAAGCGGCGUGGUGAUGAGGGGCUGGGCAGCAUGGUGGACUUCCUCCUGGCCAACGCCCGCCUGGUGCUGGGUGUGGGCGGGGCUGCCAUGCUGGGCAUUGCCACCCUGGCUGUGAAGCGGUUCAUCGACAGGGCCACUAGCUCACAGGAUGAGGAUGACACCAAGGGGGACAGCUGGAAGGAACUGAGCCUGCUCAAGGCCACACCACAGUUGCAGCCCCAGCCACCCCCAGCUGCCCUUAGCCAACCUGUGUUGCCCCUAGCCCCCCUGUCCUCUGUUCCAGAGGGGCCUGCAGACAUUGGUCCUCAGGCUCCACCUCAGCUCAGCUCCCCAGCACUGCUGUGCCUGACAUUCCAGGAGAAGCUGUUGGCAUUCGAGAAGGACCAUGUCACCAUCCCCGAAGCCCAGGUGGCUUUGGCUAAACAGCUGGCUGGCGAUAUUGCCCUUGAGCUGCAGUCCUACUUGCGGAGCAAAUUCCCAGAACUGCCCUUUGGGGCGCUUGUGCCUGGGGGGCCUCUCUACGAUGGACUGCAGGCAGGGGCCGCUGACCAUGUGCGUCUCCUGGUACCUCUGGUGUUGGAGCCUGGCCUGUGGAGCCUGGUGCCAGGCACGGAUACUGUGGCAAGGGACCCUCGCUGCUGGGCUGUACGCAGGACUCAGCUAGAGUUCUGCCCCCGAGGGAGCAGCCCCUGGGACCGCUUCCUGGUGGGAGGCUACCUCUCCUCUCGCUCCCUGCUGGAGCUGCUCCACAAGGUGAUGGCUGCCUCCAUCAACUGGCCUGCUAUCGGCAGCCUGCUUGGGUGCCUGAUCUGGCCCAACUUGGCCUCCGAGGAGCUGCUGCUCGAGGUGCAACAUGUGCACCUGGAGCUCACAGUGGCUGUGCUCAUGGCUGUCACUGGGGCUGACGCUGACGGCCGCCUCCUCUUGGCCUGGCCCCUGGAAGGGCUAGCUGGUAACUUCUGGCUGCAGGAUUUGUACCCAGUGGAGGCUGCCAGGCUGCAGGCCCUUGAUGACCAUGACACUGGAACCCGUCGACGGCUGCUGCUCCUACUAUGUGGUGUCUGUCGUGGCCACUUGGCCCUGGGGCGGCUAGGCCUGAGCCACCUGACCCAGGUGGUCCUACGUCUGGGGGAGGAGGAUGUGGACUGGGACGAGGCAGCCUUGGGCCAGCGCUUUCUGCAGGCCUUGGAGCUGCUGCUUGGCAACCUGGAAAAGGCCAGCCUGCCCUGCCACUUCAACCCCAACGUGAACCUCUUCAGCAGCUUACGUGAGGAGGAGAUUGAUGACAUUGGCUACACGCUGUACAGUAGCCUACAGGAACCUGAGGGGCUUCUCUAGAUGGCUGGGGACAGGGUGGCUGGCAAGUUUUUUGAUGCUGGUGAGCUGUGCCUAACUCCUAGGGAUUUGGAGCGUGUGUCUUCUCUUACUUUUAGCCAGAAGAGAGUACGUUAUCCCAAACCAGGGUAUUAGUGUGUGCUUGGGCUGUGAUCGCCAGGAUCCCUGAGCACAGAGAGCUCAGGUCACCAUCACUUGAGUGCAGCUGGGUUGCCUCGACAACAUGGAGUGCCAGCCACACACACAGCAGCCUCCUCCUCCCUUUGGUGUCAACCCAGGACCUUGCGCUUGGUCCAUCAUCACCAGCAACAAAUCCACUGACCAGACAUGGCUCCUACCAUCCUAGGCAGGGAAGAAGGCCAGCUCCAUUUUUCUGCCGAUUUAACGCUUUCCUUGGGCACCAGCUCCAGGCAUCUUGAGGUGUGUGGUGCCUGGUAGUGUCAUGUGUUCUGUUCCCCAGGGGCUGGGGUCACCUGGCAUCGCCAAAGUAUGCCUUUUAGCUUGUUGAAGGAUGGUGUUCUCUUAUUCUCCUCAAGCAACAAGGUAGGAGCUCGAGGUGACUUGCUGCCCACCUGAUAUCUCAGGGGAAGGUCCCCUUUCCCUCCAACUAGGUGAGUUUCCUCUUCAGGCAGCUGAGGGCCCUGUGCUGCCUGCCUUGUCCACAGCAGGGGUGUCCCACUGUUGCUGCCCCUUCCCUGCUGGGGAGGGUGUGCUCCUCCCAGAGAGGCCUGGCAUGGCUUCUAGUGUGCCAAAGCAAGCUUUCAGCUGCCGUCUGCUCUGACUCAAGCCCAGCAGAGGUAGCGGGGGCAUAGAGGAGAUACCGCCUUCCCUCUCCACCCCCCAUCUUUGAAUCCUUCCUGCUGAAGCAAAACUAUGCCUUGAAGAAUGUGAACAAUAAAAGGAGAAAAUUCUAGUGUA